GUAUUUCUGCUCUUUUUCCCACACUCCUCCCACUGUAACUGUUUGUUCUUUUUUUCGAGUUUCUACAAACCACCAAACCAUUAACUUUUUUUUUUUUUUAAUCAUUAGCUCCAUUUUUAAUCACUCUUGAACCUCUUUGAGCUAAUUUUUCAUGUAUGUUGAAAAUCCCCUUUUAAGCAGCAGAAGGAAGCUAAUCAAUGUCAAAAACAAUUGAAAUUCCACCUGGGUUUACAAAAACAUUGUGCAAAAGAAUGAGUAUCGAUCACGAUAGUUACAUGCAAGAUGAUAAGAGGAAAAUUGGGUCUGUUAAUGAACUUUCUGGUAGAAGGUGCAGUUUAAGAGAAAGAUUUGCCCCAAAUCUGUAUAUUCCUGUCCAGUUUCAGCCCCGUCCACGUACACCGGGCCGCCCUCGGAAACAGAGAUCAGAUGUGACAGCUUCACAAUCUUCACGACGCAGACCUGGUCGCUCUUCCAAACAGAAUUCAGAUGAAAUGCCAGCCUCGCAACCUUCACUGCGUCGAUCAGGUCGCCCUCGGAGAAAGAUAUCAGAUGCAGUUUCUCCUCCUACACCACCAUCGGGGUCGACCAGAGAAGUUCCAGUACAAGUUUCUGCGACUGCAAAUGCUCCAGAGCCAGUCACUCCACCUCCCGGGCCACCAUUGGGAUCAACCAGUCAUAGUCCUUUGGAAGUUCCCGAGGAUGAGCAAAUAGAAACAAAGUUAAAGAUAAAUCCUUUAUUGAGACUGAAGAAACCCCCAAGUACAAAUCAAACGCCCGAGAUGCUUGACGAAGAAUUGAAGAAAGUAAUUCUUAAAGUUCAGUAUAUAUUGGUGCAGAAGCUGCUUACUUCUAGGAACGACGACGUUGACUGCAUGGUUCAUCAGGCCAAUACUACCUUUACAUAUUUGAAAGGAUUUGGUGUUGAUUAUGGCUCUUUCUACAAAGACGUCACAGAGUACAUUGAACAUCGCUACAAUUUACAUGAUGCAGAGAGAGAAGAAAACUCAUUGUCCUUCUCGGUGUGGGGAGGAAAUUAUCUAAAUGCUAUGCGUGAUGUAAAUGAUGUUGAUGAGGUUAUUGCUCGUACUCGUGGAGAACAGGAGAAGGUCAAAGAGAAAAUUGGAUCUUUGAAGAGUCACAUUGAAGUUCUGAAGCAAGAGCUAGAACGUGUGGAACGCGAAGAUGAACGUCUGAAACAUGAUAUGAUAAAAUACAAAGUAGCACAAAAAGUUGCAGAAGCCAAGAGACGAGAAGUUGGCAUACAGUUGGAGGCAGCUCAAGUAAAGCUAAGGGAAAUUAAGCAACGCAAAAAUGCAGCUCUCGCAGGGAUUGAAUCCACCACUCAACGCCUAGAGUCUACAUAUCGUUGAUCAUCUCGGUUAGUUGGACUUUGCUUCCUCUUAUUGAACUAGAUCACCUGCUAGAUAAUCUGCAAGUCUUCAUGACUAUUUUGACAUGUUUUGGGAACAGGCUGUUUCUUCGUUUAGUUAUCGGUAUGUAGUAGAUUCUCCUUAAAGUUUCUUGUCAUGCUUUUAGCCUUUUAACUUGUGGGCUCAGAUUGCCUUUUUAACUUCAGUUUCAUGGAUGGCAUUGAUUCCACCCAAGGAUCGCAAAA